CCCCUCAACUGACCCUCAACUGACCACGCUGGCCUUUUAAAGAGGCAAUCUUUCCCUCUCCCAGACUGUCUGAUCUGAAAGCAGUCAACCCUCUCCAUCUUAUUACUUUCGCUACCUUUGUGGACAGUUGUCCUCUUCCCAUUUCCUCCCCCAGCUUCCGUUUUGGGCCCAACCAACCAGAACGUUGCUGGUCAACCACCUGGCCCCUCCCCCAGACCCGGCUUGUACCGUGAUGACACCGUGGCCUCUGUCCCUGUGACCUGGGCAAGAGAAAAGAGACGUGAUCGAGCUACGCCUUCCUGAGCAUUGAGCAUCACCUUACUUUCGUGACCCAUACAGUCUACGAUUAGACAGAUCAACAUAUCGCCUUUGCAAGAUGGAAGGCGGUUUCUCUCCAGUGGAAUCCUUGGCUGGCUCGCCGGCUCCGGAAAUUCCCAUGCUCACCGUCUCCCCAGCGGACACUUCCUUGAAUGAUCCCACCGUCAAGGCCGAAACUAAGUCAGAGGACAAGAAGCCUGCGAAGAAGAGAAAGUCAUGGGGCCAGGAGUUGCCAGUCCCUAAGACCAACCUUCCUCCAAGGAAACGGGCCAAGACGGAGGACGAAAAGGAGCAGCGCCGCAUCGAGCGUGUUCUUCGGAAUCGGGCUGCCGCACAAACCUCUCGAGAGCGCAAGCGCCUCGAGAUGGAGAAACUAGAAAACGAGAAAAUCCAGAUGGAGCAACAGAACCAGUUCCUUCUUCAGCGCUUGACCCAGAUGGAAGCCGAAAACAACCGCCUGAACCAACAAGUCGCUCAACUGUCCGCCGAGGUCAGGGGUUCCCGUGGCAACACUCCCAAGCCCGGCUCCCCUGCUUCGGCCUCUCCCACCCUUACGCCGACCCUGUUCAAGCAGGAGCGCGACGAACUUCCCCUCGACCGAAUUCCCUUCCCGACCUCUCCUUACACCGACUACUCCCCCACUCUCCGGCCUUCCACUCUGGCUGAGUCCUCCGACUUGACACAACAUCCUGCAGCGGUGUUGUGCGACCUGCAGUCUCCUCUUUCUGACGACGACUUCAACCGCCUAUUCAGCGGUGAUUCACCCGCUGGGUCGGAUUCUUCAGUCCUUGAAGACGGGUUCGCGUUUGACCUUCUCGACGGAGGAGAUCUAUCAGCAUUUCCAUUUGAUUCUAUGGUUAAUUUCGACCCCGACUCUGUCAACUUCGACGGCAUCGACCCGCCCCACGGUCUUCCGGACGAAGCUUCUUGCCAGACUUCUAGCGUGCAACCCAGCCUUGGCGCGUCCACUACGCGAUGCGACGGGCAGGGCCUUGCAGCUGGCUGCUAAUCAGAAGUUCUCUCCCCAAGACCGACCCGCUGGCGGUGUCGGCGAAGCUCGAUGGAGCUGGGAGUCUUUAUUAACCCUAGCUUGGACGAUAGAUCUACUCGAAAAGCCGGGACGACGCAAACGAAUCUUGAAGGGUUUGAAAUCCGCGCAGCAUGGACGGCGCAGGCAUCAUCAUCAUCAUGGGAAACUUCUACACCAACGGGGUUUACGGAGUUCAUGGAGUUCAGGUAGCGCCAGCAAGACGUUGACGUCUUCGCUUUUGGGCAAGCGCCGUUGAAGAGAUUUACUGUAAACUAGCGUGAAAACCUUAAUCACUAUUAACGGAGAGCCUGUAUGAUGGCUAUAUCUUAC